CACCCUCCUUGUCAGUGAUGCUGCUGCUGCUGCUAGCCCUGCUGUGGGCAGGGUCCCUGGCUCGGGAUGACAGAUACAAGCUGACAGUACAGGGGCCAGUGACGGUGCAGGAGGGCCUGUGUGUUUCUGUGCUCUGCUCAUUUCAGCAUCCAUGGCCCUACUGGUAUAAUCCUCCCCGCACUUAUGGCUACUGGUUCCGGGAAGGGGCUGAGGAAUUACAAGAUCCUCCUGCAGCCACAAACAAACAAGAUCGUCAAGUGCAGGAGGAGACCCAGGGCCGAUUCCUCCUCCUUGGGGAUCCUGGGAGCCAGAACUGCUCCCUGGACAUCAGAGAUGCCAGGGGGACCGAUGAGGGAACAUACUUUUUUCGAGUGGAGAGAGGAAGUUCCGUGCAAUAUUCAUACAAAAGGAACUUGCUCACCGUGCAUGUGACGGCCCUCAACCACACACCUGACAUCCUCAUCAUGGGGAACCUGGAGUCCAGCCACCCAACAAACGUGACCUGCUCUGUGCCCUGGGCCUGUGAGCGGGGCACGCCCCCCCUCUUCUCCUGGAUGUCAGCUGCUCACACCUCCCUGGGCCCUAGGACCCACCUGUCCUCUGUGCUCACUCUCACCCCACGGCCCCAGGACCAUGGGACCAACCUCACCUGUCAGGUGAGGUUUCCUGCAGUAGGAGUGACUCUGGAGAGAACCAUCCAGCUCAACGUCACCUCCCAGAACUCCUCCAGUACUGUUCCUAUUGGUGAUGACAUCUGUUCCCCACCCCCACUGGACAGGGACUUCAUUGGUCCCAUCAGACAGGUGGUGCCCAGAGAUACCACCCUGACCAUGGGUGUGGGGCUCCUGGGAGGCUGGUCAGAUAGAAGAGAACCAGAGACCAGGGCAGGCAUGGUCUAUGGGGCCGCCGUGGGAGCUGGUGUCACCGCACUGUUGGGUGGCUGCCUCUGCACCACCUACUUCCUAGUGAAGAGGAACUGCAAGAAGACAGCAGCCAGGCCAGCAGGGGGCAUGGAUGACACCCACACUGCCACGGUGCCUGCUCCCACGCUGGAGGGCUAG